GAGUAAAUAAAACAGAUACUUUCUUUUUUGAAGCUAUUCAUAGCUACCCCUCACAACUACAAACACACAAUUCAACGAAGCUCACUAUCGACUGGCGAUACAUGCAACUGCGAAUCCAAUACCAGACUGGUCGAAUAUACCUUGAAGAACUGUCUCCGGUCAUGACAUAAUGCCUCGAAAAUCAUGCACUUCUCCAUUCGCAGAUGCGCACUACCUCGAGAGAGAUUAAUUCGACCUUUAUUUUAUUGCAAUCGCAGUUACCUCGUCGCUGGCUUCCAAAAUGUCAAGCCGGUUUCAUUUACUCGAUACGCUUCUACCGCUUCUACUGAUAACUCUUAUCAAAUUUUAGAUUUGCCAUCUCUGGAUCAAAAAUGGCGGGCGAAAUGGAUGUCUGCAGAGAAGAAGAAGACCUCGGAAAAGGUUAAUGGACACGAUCAUGGCGAGAAGAUGUACAUACUGCCUAUGUUUCCAUAUCCAUCUGGAGAUCUUCAUUUGGGUCACUUUCGAGCAUACACAAUUUCCGAUGUACUCGCGCGAUUCCAUACAAUGAAAGGCUAUAACGUUGUUCAUCCAAUAGGUUGGGAUGCUUUUGGCUUGCCCGCCGAAAAUGCAGCAAUUGAACGUGGAAUAGACCCCGCCGUCUGGACAAAACAGAAUAUACAAAAGAUGAAGAACCAGCUAGUUACCUGGAACGGUCGCUGGGAUUGGGAUAGGGCAUGUCUACGAAAGUAAUUAUGAUUUCGUAGCUAAUAGGAAUUAGGAAAUUACAACUUGCGAUCCCAAUUUUUACAAACACACCCAGGAUAUAUUUCUUCUCCUCCAUGAACAUGGCCUGGCAUAUCAAGCAGAAUCUCUAGUGAAUUAUGAUCCUGUGGAUAAGACUGUUCUCGCAAAUGAACAAGUUGAUGCAAAUGGCUAUUCUUGGCGAUCUGGAGCUAAAGUAGAGAAGAGACUAUUAAAACAGUGGUUUCUACGAAUAUCUGAAUUUCGAGAUCAGUUGCUGGAAGAUAUUAAUCAUUUAGCCGAUGGGGGUAUGUGGCCCGAAAGAGUUCUAGCUAUGCAAAAGAAUUGGCUGGGGAAAUCACAAGGAGCUCGAAUUAAAUUUUCCGUAUCAGCAGGUAAUGAUAGUACUCAACAGUCGGUUGAAGUCUUCACAACCCGACCAGAUACUAUAUAUGGUGUUCAGUAUAUUGCUCUUGCAGCAUCACAUCCUAUCGUUCAAGAUCUUGCGAGAGAAGAUCCAAAACUGCGAGAAUUCUUGGAAACAAUAUCAGAUCUUCCACCUGACUCAAAGGUUGGCUACCUUCUUCCUUCUGUUCGUGCCAUAAAUCCCUUAUCAUCCCAAGAAUCUACACCAGAAGCCUCUAAGGCUCCUUUACCAAUUUAUGUGGCGCCAUAUGUGUUAGGUGAUUAUGGUGAUGGGGCAGUUAUGGGAGUGCCUGCGCAUGAUAGCCGAGAUUUUGCAUUCUGGAAGCACAACACUCAUGAUAUUCCACCCAGACAUGUUAUUGAACCUAUAGAAGCUGCUUCCAAAACUGUUCCCACAGAUCAGCCUUUUGUUCAUCCUGGCCGUCUUACAUCACAAAAUCCAAGAUCAUUUUCUGGACAGACAACAACUCAAGCAACGGAAGGUAUCAUAGAGCUACUCGCAAGUCAAGGUCUUGGAUCAGCUGCCGAGACAUGGCGUCUCAGAGAUUGGCUUAUCAGUCGACAAAGAUACUGGGGUACUCCUAUUCCAAUAAUUCAUUGUGAUAGUUGUGGUCCAGUUCCUGUUCCUAAAGAUCAGCUUCCAGUUGAGCUUCCUUUCGUUGAAGGCCACUGGCUGAAAGGUAAAGCUGGUAAUCCUCUUGGUGAUGCUCAAGACUGGCUUAACGUAUCAUGUCCCAAAUGUGGCGGAGAUGCUAAAAGAGAUACUGAUACCAUGGAUACCUUUGUUGAUUCUAGUUGGUAUUUUAUGAGGUUUGCUGAUCCCAAAAAUCCAACGAGACCAUUUUCUUCAGAAGCAGCCAAUGCAAUACUCCCUGUUGAUGUAUACAUUGGAGGGGUUGAACACGCUAUUUUACAUCUAUUGUAUGCUCGUUUCAUAUCGAAGUUUCUAUCCAAAGCCUUGGAGUGGCCUGGAGGGUCGAAUCAUAAUAUCCGUGGUGAGCCUUUCAAAAAGCUUUUAAGUCAGGGUAUGGUCCAUGGGAAGACUUAUUUGGAUCCUACCAAUGGUCGAUUUUUGAAGCCAGAUGAAGUGGAUCUCACCAUACCAUCGAAACCGAUUGUUAUUGCAACGGGAGAAGUGGCCAACAUCAGCUUUGAGAAGAUGUCAAAAUCGAAAUAUAACGGUGUCGACCCAGCGACAUGUAUGACAAAGUAUGGUGCUGAUGCUACAAGAGCCCAUAUGCUUUUCCAAGCACCAGUGACUGAGGUACUUGAAUGGGAUGAACAAAAAAUCUCUGGCAUUACCCGUUGGUUAAAACGCCUUCAUGAGUAUAUAUGUGCAGGUACAGGAUCGCCUCAGAAGAUAAAAGAUGGCAAUUUAUCCCCAAAAGAAUAUAUCCUUUCUGAAUUAGAUCUUUUAGAAAAAAGCAAAAACAAACUUCUUGGGAUGCCUUUUGAAUCGACCGCUAAAUCUAUCCAAGCCGAUUUCAAACUUUGGCGAGCCGUCCAAAAAACUAUCACAAGUAUCACGGAAGCUUACAGUAAAACGCAUUCACUCAAUACAAUCGUCUCCGAUUUAAUGAGUCUCACGAACCUCAUUAUCCAAACCACCGAGAAAAACAAGAUCGCCUAUGAUGAUCUGAGUAAAUUACCCAUCAACGAUAGCAGAUUCAAAUGUCAAAAAUUCAUAGAAUCAAACACCUUCACCAUCUCCCAAGCAGCAACCAAAUCCCUCCUUCAAAUGAUGGCACCCAUCACCCCCGCUUUCGCAGAAGAAUGCUGGUCCAUCCUAUCCAUUUCCCAAACACAAGAAAAAGAAAAAGAAACCACACAAUUUAAAUCCAUAUUCGAAACUUCCUUCCCGGAACCAGAUGACUCUCUUCGUUUCUUGGUUCAAUAUACUCAGAAAUGCGCAGUGCAGAUUAAUGGAAAAUUGAAAUUCGCAAUUGAGUUUUCUAUUCCGGGAAAGGAAUUGCAGGGUGAGGAAUUGGAGAGUUGGAUUGUGAAAAAGGUGUUGGGGUCUCAGGAGGGAUUGAGGAGAUUUGGAAGAGAGGAGGAAUUUUUGUAUGUGGCUGGGAAGAGGGUGCAGAGGAUUGUGGUGGUUGGGAGGGGGAAGACGGUUAAUUUUGUUGUUUAGGGGGUUUGGGGUUGGGGAUGAGAUGAGGAUGGAGAUGGAGAUGGGGAUGAGGUGACGAAGAGGGAAAUGAGGAAAUGAAUAGAAAUACCCCGCUCUGAUUUGAUGAUUCGAUGAUGAUAUUUGGAUAUACGAAUAUACAGAUGUUACGAUAUUAUCAUGAUAUGAUAUGAUAUGCU